ACUGAAGCCAAGGAGUUUGGUGCUUACGGUGUUGCGGGACGUUUCAGUAGCGGGUCAACAGUGAGGGCAGUGUCAAACGCCACAAUGCCCAAAGUCCAAUCAAAUAAAAGCAAGCAAGAAAAAGUUAUUCAUCCGUACAGCAGGAAAGCUGCUCAGCUCACAAGAGAAGCCCACAAGCAAGACAGAAAGGAUAGGUUAAAAAGUGAAAAAGCUCUGCGCCUAAGCAUUAUUGGUGAAAAACUGCAGUGGUUUCAAAGCCAUCUAAAUCCUGAAAAAGCAGAAUACACAAAGAAGGAAGCCUGUGAACUAAUUGAAAGUUACUUACAUCGGUUUGAUAAUGAAUUGGAACAAAUUGAAUUGCACAACAGUAUCAAAGGAAGACAAACAAGACGGCAUGAAUCUCGUGAGACUGUUAUCAAGCAGACCAUAGAGCGUGAAAGGCAACUAUACAAUGGAUAUGGAAUAGAAAUACCAGAUAUUGUGAAUUCCAGAAAUCUGAAAGUGUUCAGGGAUUGGGAUUUAGAUAUGAAGAAACUGCCGAAUAUCAAAAUGCGAAAAAUUUCAAUCAGCGAUUCACUUUCCAAAAGUGAUAAAGAUGUUCCAGGCAGCAAUGAUGAAAUAGAAAAUGAACUUGGAUCUAAUGAGGAAUCCAUGCCUGAUUUUCAAGAAAGUUGAAAGUCACUCAGACCUUUUUAAUGAAUAACUAAAAAGUGGGAAAUUCAUUUUUGAAUUAAAUUUGACAUGAUGCUUGUGUUGAAUAUUGCCGUUGUUUCCAAAAAUGAACUUUCUAGCUAUGUGAAAUUCAAAUGCAUAUCAAAAUGUAAUAAUACAGACUUGGGAGCUCUCUAUAACUGCAAGUGAAAAAAUAAAUCUGUUUUAACUUUA